AUGGCUGGAAUUCUAGGCCACCGGGUGAUCUUCUGGGCCUUUAUCGUCCUCGCCACAGGCGUGAUUUACAGAACGUACAUACACAACUUCAUCUUCCUCACCCUCGGUAUCGGACGAGAGAUCCAACCAAUCGAGGACUUCCCAUGGACCUGUACACGCGUCCGGCACUCUCUCUUGGAGGGCUGUGAAGAUCUGUGGCUCGAUGAGCAGGAUCGAAAACUGUACGCAGCAUGCAACAGCCUGGAGUCUCGCAAGGGUUGGUCGCCUGGAGGCAAUCUUUACAACAUCUCCGCGAGAUCCCGCACGGAUCACAUCGCUGUUAUCGAUGUUGACCAACCUGGCUCAGAUGGACUGUACGGUCUACGCCAGCUCAAAAUCGGCGGAUAUCAGGAUGAUCUUGACUUGCAUGGAUUUGAUGUCCGCAAGAUUGAAGGCCGGCUUCGGUUCUGGUUGAUCAACCACAGACCUCCUGUUGACCAUGUCACUGGAGAAUUUCUUGAUGCUCUGGUCGUUGGGGCAAAUUCUACUGUUAAGAUGUUUGAUCUUGAUGAGACCUCGGGCACGCUUGAGCAUGUUAAGACUGUGGCCAGCGAGGCGAUUUUCACGCCCAAUGGUGUGGCAGUGGAAGAAGAUGGUCUGGGAUUCGUGAUCACAAACGACCACAACACCAAGACUGGAACCUUCCGUGAUCUGGAAAUGCUGUCUGGAGGCGGAAGCCUCGCAUACUGUCGAUCUGACACAGGGAGAUGCCAUAUCGCGGCUGACGAGGGAUUCUCCAUGGCUAAUGGAAUAGCCCACGACAAGAAUGGCUACUACUACGUCGCUAACUCUGCGUCUGGCCUCAUCACCGUUCAUAAACUCGUCAAUAACGAAUUGAUCCAUGUUGAAUCGAUCAAUACCGGGUACCCACUGGAUAACCUGUGGCUUGAUGCAGAUGGCAACCUCAUUGCAGCUGCGUUCCCUGAUUCAAUUGCUUUUGUGAAAUCCAGCAUGGAUCCAUACAAUGUUGUUGCCCCUGCUACUGUUCUCUCGAUCAAUGACAUUGCAAAGCAGUUAAAGACAUCUGGAAAGAAUGUCAAAGUGUCAAAAUUGGCGGAGGAUAGAGAUGCUAAGAGCCUUCCCAGCUCGACAGUCGCUGUGCACGAUACAAAGGGUCAUAAGCUGAUUUUGGCGGGUAUAUUCUCUCCAUUCAUCACAAUUUGUGAGCAGUGUCUCUAA